GCCUCGGCGCGAUGGACGGCCCCGACAACGCGACGCUGCUCUUCGCCCCGUCCUCGCUGCAGCCGGACAACUACACGCUGUCGCCCAAUGCCAGCAGCCUGAGCGCCGGCCCCGACCUGCCCGUCUCCCCUGCCUCCAGCGCCGGCCCCAGCCCCGGGCUCAGCCUCGCGCCCAGUCCCGGCGUCGGUUUCAGCCCCGGCCCCGCGCCCACCCCGGAGCCGACGGCAGGCAGCUCGGCGGGCGGCUCGGCCAGCCUGGGCCCGUCCCUGUUCCCCCACUCCUGGGCGCACCCCCAGACCCCGUUCUGGGACACGCCGCUGAACCACGGGCUGAACGUGUUCGUGGGAGCCGCCCUGUGCAUCACCAUGCUGGGCCUGGGCUGCACGGUAGACGUGAACCACUUCGGGGAGCACGUCCGCCGGCCCGUGGGCGCGCUGCUGGCCGCGCUCUGCCAGUUCGGCUUGCUGCCGCUGCUGGCCUUCCUGCUGGCCCUGGCCUUCUCGCUGAACGAGGUGGCUGCCGUGGCGGUGCUCCUGUGUGGCUGCUGUCCCGGCGGGAAUCUGUCCAACCUCAUGUCCCUGCUGGUUGACGGCGACAUGAACCUCAGCAUCAUCAUGACCAUCUCCUCCACGCUUCUGGCCCUAGUCUUGAUGCCCCUGUGCCUGUGGAUCUACAGCCGGGCUUGGAUCGACACCCCUGUGGUGCAAUUACUACCUCUGGGGGCAGUGACCCUGACCCUCUGCGGCACUCUCCUCCCUAUCGGCUUGGGGGUCUUCAUUCGAUACAAAUACAACCGGGUGGCGGACUACAUUGUGAAGGUUUCCCUGUGGUCUCUGCUAGUGACACUGGUGGUCCUUUUCAUAAUGACUGGCACUAUGUUAGGACCUGAACUGUUGGCGAGCAUUCCCGCAAGUGUUUACGUGGUAGCAAUUUUCAUGCCUUUGGCAGGCUAUGCCUCAGGCUAUGGCUUAGCUACCCUCUUCCGUCUUCCACCCAACUGCAAGAGGACCGUGUGCCUGGAAACAGGGAGUCAGAAUGUGCAGCUCUGUACCGCCAUUCUAAAACUGGCCUUUCGGCCGCAGUUGAUAGGAAGCAUGUACAUGUUUCCUUUGCUGUAUGCCCUUUUCCAGUCUGCAGAAGCAGGGAUUUUUGUUUUAAUAUAUAAGGUGUAUGGAAGUGAGAUAUUACACAAGCGAGAUCCUCUAGAUGAGGAUGAAGAUACAGACAUUUCUUACAAGAAACUAAAAGAAGAGGAAAUGGCAGACCCUUCCUAUGGCACAGUGAAAGCUGACAAUUUAAUUAUGAUGGAAACCACUCAGACUUCUCUCUGAACACGGAGAUACAGAGGAGUUUCUAUCUUGCGGAAAUGUUACUUCAUAUUUAUGAUGUUUUUCGUCUGUGGUAGUGAAUGUGCUUUACAUAAAGGGUAACACAUGGUUCACAUUAUCGUACAUGUAACAGUUAUGACCUUCUUCCCGUUGUAAGGUUGUAUUGGUAUAUUAACCAAGCACUUUCACAAAUCACACAUCAAUGUCAUAAUACAACUUGCACCCGGGACUGCUGAAGUAAAGCCUGAACAUGUUCAUGUGCUCUUUGGUUUUUAUCAUUACCAAUUUCUAGGACUGUUUCAAAUAGAUACACUCUUAGAAAACAGGGUCUUGGAAAUGCAGAAUUUGGGUGCACUCUUAUGGUAGUAAAAACGAGGUUUUUUUUUUUUUUUUUUUUUUGGUAAAACAUAACUUGUAAAA